AGACCACAGGAGAUAACUAAGAGAUGGCGAACGUACUUCGAAGAAAUGUCGUCUACUGCCAGCAUUGGCACAGCCAUCUCACCAGCUGACCCUGUGAAAGGACCAGUACCACGCAUAACAGCAGAGGAAGUAUGGCUUGCUAUAGCAAGGAAUGGCAAGGCUUCUGGUCCAGAUGACAUACCAAGCGAAUUCUGGAAAGAAUGCGGAUGA